AUGUGGAGCUUAAGACUCCGACCACUGCAGAGGCAGUUGGCUCCAGCUCGCAGCCGAGCUCUUUCGAGCUUCAGAAGCCACGGCAGUCGGCGUGGUCCCCGCAACAGUAUACAAAGACCGGAUCUCAUUCAGGCUGCUAAAAAGGUCGAACCGUCGCCACAACCCGAACAUUCCGCUCCUGAGCCCCAAGAUGCCUACAAUCCUAAUUACGACCCUGCGCAAAACACUUUGCUCUCUCCUGUCUACCUGCCAGAGGACCCUAAAGGUGUGCUCAAAGAGAAUCAUCCGGCAGUGUCAAUAUUGGCAAACUCGGGGGUUGUCGUACAGCGACAACUAGAGAUGAUGAAUGUUAUGAUUGGGUUCGAACAAGCAAACAAGUAUGUCAUCAUGGAUGCGCAGGGAAACCACAUUGGAUAUAUGGCAGAACAAGAGAAAGGACUGGGCAAUGCUAUGGCGCGGCAAUGGUUCCGAACCCAUCGGAGCUUCGUGACCCAUGUGUUUGACCGACAAGAAAAUGAGGUCCUUCGAUUCAACCGCCCUUUCUCCUACAUCAACUCCAAGAUUCAAGUAUACGACCCUCUUGAUAAAACCCUUAAUCCGCCCUCGCCAUCUACUUCUUUGCAAGGCGUGACACCUGGCAUCACAUCUGGUGCACGGGUAUCACCACUUAACUUCAAUGACAUGCGAGUCAUCGGGGAAGCCCAGCAGCAGUGGGCCCCUCUACGACGCAAAUACAAUCUCUUUACCUACCAUCAGUCUCCAAACUCAGCGACAGACAUGGGGACGCAAACAUUUCCCUUAUCUGGGUCUCAACUAUCACAAGGGCAACAAAUGCAGCUUGCGCAAACUUCUAAUCAAGGCCAAGGCGAAUUCAAUCAGUUUGCCUACGUUGACGAACCAUUCCUAUCAUGGGACUUCUCAUUAAAGUCGGCAGAUAACCAGCUGAUUGGUUCAGUCAACCGCGAUUUUGCGGGUUUUGCUCGUGAGUUUUUCACUGACACCGGUGUAUAUGCAUUGCGGAUGGAUUCUGCAGGGCUUGGUGCCCAGGUACCAGCCGGCCACGGCGAUAGAGUCCCCGGCAUGACCCUGGACCAACGUGCUGUCAUGUUAGCCACGGCUGUAAGUGUCGAUUUUGACUACUUCAGCCGCCACAGUGGUGCCGGAGGUUUCGGUUUCAUGCCGCUCUGGUUCCCCGGUAUGGGUGGUGAAGCUGCCGCCGGAGGUGCAGCAGGUGGUGCAGCAGCGGGAGGCGCUGCCGAAGCUGGGGCCGUUGGGGAAGCGGCUGCUGGCACUCUUGGGAGAGCUGGGGCCGCGGGUGGCAUGACGGAUGGUAUGGCUGCGGGCGCCACUGGUGCAGGCGCAAUGGCCGGAUAUGAAGCGAUGCAAAGAGGCCAUGGAGGCGAGCAACAUGCGGCAUCGCCUGGUCAACAGGGAUCGCAGCCAAUGGAUCAGGAGGAUUCACAGGGCUUCUACAAUGAGCCCCAGGAUCCUUGGGGCCAAGAUGACCCGUGGGGCGAUGAAGGAGGUGACGAAGGAGGAGGUGAUGAUUUCGAUUGGUUUUGA